CAGGUACCUGCACGAAACCUAUCCGUUGAGCAUGAAUAGAUAUCUAGGGUACCAGUCUACCGUACAUCCGGGUUUCUUUCUCUUUCACUCCGUCUGUCAAGAUGGCGGCUCAAAUCUCCAAGAAGAGAAAGUUUGUAGCUGACGGAGUGUUCAAGGCAGAACUGAAUGAGUUUCUGACUCGUGAACUUGCUGAAGAUGGGUACAGUGGCGUGGAGGUGCGUGUGACCCCAACCCGCACUGAGAUCAUCAUCAUGGCCACUAGGACACAGAAUGUGCUUGGUGAGAAGGGUCGUCGCAUCAGAGAGUUGACGGCCGUGGUGCAGAAGCGUUUCAACUUUGCCGAGGGGACCGUUGAGCUGUAUGCUGAGAAGGUUGCUACCCGUGGUCUGUGUGCCAUCGCUCAGUGUGAAUCAUUGCGUUACAAGCUCAUCGGAGGUCUGGCUGUCCGAAGGGCCUGCUACGGUGUGCUGCGAUUCAUCAUGGAGAGCAACGCCAGGGGCUGCGAGGUGGUGGUGUCGGGCAAGCUGAGAGGUCAGCGUGCCAAGUCCAUGAAGUUUGUGGACGGCUUGAUGAUCCACAGCGGUGACCCGGUCAACGAGUACGUGGAUACGGCCAUCAGACACGUCAUGCUCAGGCAGGGUGUGCUCGGCAUCAAGGUCAAGAUCAUGCUGCCCUUUGACGCCACAGGCAAGAGUGGUCCCAAGCGCCCGCUCCCCGACGCCGUCAGCGUAGUGGAGCCCAAGGACGAGGAGAUCCCCUCCCAGCCCUACUCGGAGCAGAAGGGUGUCAAGCCCAUGGAGCCUGGCGCUGUGGCCCCCGGCCAGCCCCCUCAGCAGGUACCCGUAGCUGGUGCCAUGGGACCUGGAGUGGUCCCCCCUCAGCAGCCUCCUGCACCCCAGAUGGCCUAGAUAGAGGUCAAGACGCUGAAAAUCACUGAAGAUGCCACCUGUACCCAUCUUGGUGCCCAUCAUAGCACAGUGGUUAUGAGAAUCAAAACACCGCAUCUCUAAACUCAAAAACAAAAACCUGUCAUGUAAUUAUGAAAAAGUGGAACCAAUCGGCACAAUGCUGAUUGGGUAUGUACUAGGAAUGAGCCGCAGACUGACAACCUAUAUUGAAUAAAAUAACAAGGUUUCUGUCAAGAUA